AUGCUGUCAAUCCCAUCUGGAUUCUCGUUUUACAUAUUGAUUAACUUAAUAAAUUUUUUUGGCAUAAUGUCAGGAAGAGGAAGACAUCGCGGCUAUCGGCAGCGAAAUAAUCAUACUUUAUCAAAAGUGGCCAAAGAAACAGCCAACUCACUGCCAGCGGAUAGUCCAGUUCUGGCGAUGUUUAAAGACAUAGCUGUAAAGUUAACUGAUCGCCAGGACAGACACGAGAGACUUGUAAAACUUUCAAGAGAUAUUACUAUUGAAAGUAAAAGAAUAAUCUUCUUGUUGCAUUCUGCUAUCACUACAGAAUCUUCAGAGAAGGCUGUCAAAGAAGCAAAUGAACGAUUGGAUAAAUUAAUAAAGGGACCAAUCAAAAAUAUUGGAAUUGAACUGGAAAAUAGUCCAGCGUAUUUGCAUUCCCGAGCCGUCACAGCUGGUUUCCAGGAGUAUAUAGAAGCAAGGACUUUCUGCUCUAUAAUGGAGAGUAAAGUUAUUAUAAGCUGGCCAGAAGUGCAGAAGGAAUUUACAUAUGUCAUUAAAAAUGAAGAUUCAGAGAGGUCUUUGGUCACAAUGUUACCACAAAUUGACUACAUGUUGGGACUUGCCGAUCUCACAGGAGAGUUGAUGCGUAAGGCUAUUAACAGUAUCUCAAGUGGCGACAGCCAUGAAUGCUUUAGUGCCUGUCAGUUUGUAAGGGAUCUUUACACUGGUUAUUUAGGUCUUUUUGGUAUGGGUAAGGAACUAGCUCGUAAGAUGACAACAACUCGUAAUAAUGUUGACAAGGUAGAGGCAGCUGUGUAUGCUUUACGUGUGAGAGGCGGAGAAGCGCCCCCGCUGCUCCUGAUACAAAGCAAACCAGAGUGGGAACGUGAACACUCUGAUGAUGAAGGCUUCUAUUAA